UGCAAAAGGGACGAUAUCACAGACAUUGGGUUCAUUGACCCGAACACAAUGCAUGUCAAAACCAUAGAUGAUCCCCUCUAUAACAAGGAUACACCGCAGACUUUGCUAAGGUUUUUGAAGCGACAACGUGACAAAAAGCUAAUACUUUGGCCUUACAACUUCGAGUGAGUCUUACUGUCUUAUAACACAUUAUAUUUUGCUCACCGUAUGUCAAAAUUUUAACUAAUGACUACAUAUUGAAACGUGCGUAGGUUUCACUUUAUUCUUCUCGUCAUCAAUUUGGAAAUUGGAGAAGUUGAAGUCUUGGACUCACUAAGCAAAGAAAAGGAUCUAUACGUGUCUUGUUUUUUAAUGCUCAGAAGCGUAUGGCAAACUUUCAUCAAGGAAGAUACGUCCCGUGAAUGGCCACCGAAGCUGCGAUGGCGUGCGAAAAAAUGCCCGCAACAACCUCCGGGGACCGAUCUCUGUGGAUUCUUCGUUUGCGAGUACAUCCGCAGAAUUGUCAACGAGAGAACGAAUAAUGAAAGAAAUAAAGAGUUGGCAAGAAAGCGGAACAAGCUCUCAAUUGAUGACCGCUUCAUAGCAAUAGGCGAGGAAUUGGCGGGAUUUUUCCUUCGGGACGUCAUACCACCACUCGCAGAGCACCACAAUGAAUGAAGAUGUACAUGUUACAUAUAUCGUUGACUCGAAGAGUACCACUAUGCUACAUGUAAUAGACAUAUAUAGAGUACGCCUCGGAGAGCACCACUAUGCAUGAAGAUCGAUC